UCUCCCCUAAUUCUUCCUUGCCCCGCAACACCCCACCCCCACCCAAGUCUAGGGCACGCCGCAGCUCCGCCGAUAACUCCGCUGCCGGAGAUCAAUUACCGGCGAGCUCCAUCUCGGAACCUCUCCCUUUCAACAAAGUGCAACUUUGUUGGUAUGGCGAGUUAUUCCGGCAGAGGUGGCCCUGCAAAUGGUUCCAUUUAUGUUUGCAACUUGCCUCCUGGAACUGAUGAGAGCAUGCUUGCCGAGUAUUUUGGCACCAUUGGGUUGCUAAAGAAGGACAAGAGGACUGGUCAACCAAAGAUUUGGUUAUACAAAGACAAGGUUACCAAUGAGCCCAAGGGUGAUGCGACAGUUACAUAUGAAGAUCCACACGCAGCUCUUGCAGCUGUGGAGUGGUUCCAUAACAAGGAUUUCCAUGGAAGUAUCAUCGAGGUUUAUAUAGCAGAGUCCAAGAACAAAGAUUCAGGCGAUCUGUCAUAUAGCCAACAAGUUAACCAUGCUGCAGACUUAAGCAUAGAAGGUUUGGGCGGGUUGGAUGAUACGAAUGGUGGUGGAGGCAGAGGGAGAGGACGAGGUGAUACUUCUGGAAAGCCAUGGAAACAGGAUGGAGAUUGGUUAUGUCCAAAUACAAGUUGCACAAAUGUAAAUUUUGCCUUUCGUGGGGUGUGCAAUCGCUGUGGAACUGCUCGCCCUGCUAAUGCUGGUGGAACAGGAGCCACGGCUGCGGGUAGAGGUAGAGGCCGUGGCAGCACUGAUGCAGGUGGACGCGGUCGGUCCGCUGGUGGCCCAACAGGACUUUUUGGUCCCAAUGACUGGUCUUGUCCAAUGUGUGCCAACAUAAACUGGGCAAAGCGGCUGAAGUGUAAUAUUUGCAACACCAAUAAGCCUGGCCAUAAUGAAGGGGGUGUGAGGGGAGGUCGUGCUGGUGGGUACAAAGAACUUGAUGAAGAAGAAAUUGAGGAAACAAGAAAACGGCGAAAAGAAGCUGAAGAGGAUGAUGAAGAGAUGUACGAUGAGUUUGGAAACCUCAAGAAGAAAUUCCGUGCAAAAACACAGCAAGUUGAAAGUAGACAGAUGCUCCCUGGUUCUGGGCGUGCUGGAUGGGAAGUUGAGGAGCUAGGUGUAGCUGAAAGAAAUGGUCGGGAGAGAAGCAGAGACAGAGAAAGCAGCAAAAGCCGAGAAAGAGAUGGAUAUGGACAUGAGAGGGAGAGGAGAAGGAGCCGCAGCAGAGAGAGGGACAGGGACAGAGACAGAGGAAGAGGAAGAGACAGAGACUAUGAUUAUGAAAGAGGCCGGGACUAUGGGAGAGAUCGCCGGCGAGAUUGGUAGUCAGCUCUACUCUCUAGGAGUUGUGCACCUUUUGCAUCUUCAACGAGGCUUUUUUCUUGUAUGGAACUCUAAAACUUUACGCAUGUAUUCUUCGAAGAAUUUGUUGCUUUUGGAUAUCUUUUACCGAUUAGAUUUCAAGUUUGUCAAGACUUUUUGAUUUGUUAUACGUUUUAGGUUUUAACUGCUCUGAUUCUGUUGCAAGGUGUUAUCGAUAUUUAUCAAGUUCUAAGCUAUGUGCGUCCUA